GAGACAGCCGUUUCUAACCCCCGAUUACGAUGGCAGAAAAGUUCUAAUAGUCUCAGCCGCCCAAUAGCGUAGUUCUUGAAGUUAUAUAUAAUUUUCGUCGCAGAAAUGUGGCGGCUAACGCUCUUAUGCUUAUUUUCUAUACGGCGUGUAUCGCCCGCUCUUUCGGUAGGGAAUCUCGACGGGCCGCUAUCUGGUCACGCAACGGACCCGGAGGGGGUCGCGGAAAAUGCGUGGUAUCCCGGCGUUUCUCUGCUCGGUCCCGUCGGAGGGCCCUCUUCCAAUCCGCUGGCGAUGCCAUCCGACCCCGGCGCUGUCGUCGGGGGGAGCGCGGAUUUGGAGCUGGAGGUCUGGUGCCUCGGUGGCCAGCUGACCCUGGGCGUACGGGCGACGCCGGGCGGCGCGGAGCUCAACCGGGACGCGCUGACUCUGGGGGACGGUUGCGAGAGUAACGGAUUGUCGGUGGACUACCUGUGGUUUACCUACGACCUCACCGAGUGCGGCACCAGGCAAUCGGUGCUGGAUGGCGAUGUUGUGUACAGCAACGUCCUACAGUAUGCUCCAGAGCCCUCCAGCUCUGUGCUCCAGCAGGUUGAGGCCUUCUCUCUGCCCGUUUACUGUACUCUGGACAGAAACCAGGGUCCUGUUCUGAUGUCCGUUCCUGUGUCCACGAAAAGCCUCGGCCCUGGUUUCUCUCUGCGGGCGAUGAACGGCUCCUGGACCGGGCUGGCGGAGAGCGUGGUGUUCCGGUGGGGCGAGGCCAUCAGGCUGCAGGCUGCCGUCGGGCGCGUGGGGGAGGAGCAGCGGCUCUACGUCCCCUCCUGCCACGCCACCGCGACCCCUGACCCCAAGUCCCGGCCCAGAGUCCGCCUCAUCAUGAAAAAGGGGUGUGUGGCGUACGUGGUUUCCCAGCGAGGCCGCGCCCGCUUCGUCCCGUCCGAGCGCACGGACGCCGUCAACUUCCUGUUCGCCGCCUUCAGCCUGGCCGCCCCGGAGAUCUACCUUCACUGUGAGCUGGCUGUCCUUGGCCAGGAAAUGACGCCCGCCAGCAAAUUCUGCAACUACAACCAGAGGACGCAGAGGUGGGAGGAGCUGAGCGGUGACAUCGCUGUGUGCGGCUGCUGUCGGACGCAGUGCCCCGACCCUGCCCCCAACAGCGCCCCCGCAGGUCUCCGUGCGCUCGUGACCGUGGGCCCCCUCGUGGUGGAGAGCCGUGGAGCGGCCGAACCGGAGGCUGCGCCCCCCACCGCCCCGCCGGUCGCUAGGGCGACCACCCCCGCCCCUCCGGGUGCGUCUCUCCCCACGGCGUUCCCGGAACCGUCUCCGCCGGGAUUCCCGGCGUUCCCGGCCCAGGCGGCGUGGGCGGGCCCGUUGUCCCCGGAGGACGUGGCCGUCCUGGACGGGUUCCCGGUGCCGGACGCCCCCCCGGGCUGGGUGACCGCCGGCUCCACCCGGGUCACAUGGGUGUACCCUCCCGCGCCGGCCCACGGCGGGGUGCUGGUCGUCAGGCGUGUCCCUGGAGGGGCCGGGGAGGCCGCGGUGGGGCGUGUCCCUGUAGGCCCGCUCUGGGCCGGGGUGCGGGGGCCGGCCGGGGCGAGCCACUCCCUCGACGACGAGGGCCUGUGGCGGAGUUACCACGACGACCCCUCUGCCCACGACGUCUGGGGCCAGGGCACUCCCCCGCCGCCCGUCUCCGACCCAGACCCGCUUCUGGAGGAGUCUGGAAGGAAGCGGUGGGGCCUGGCUCUGGGCGCGCUGGCCCGGCUGCGGUCGGAACCUGCCGAUCGGGAGGCGGGUGGGAGUCGCCGCGGCGACGCUGAGGUGGACCCCCUGGCGGAGGUGGGGCUGGAGGGCGAGGGCCUCGUGGUGCAGCGGACCGAGGUGAUCCGGCACAAGGGCCCGGGCCGGCCCUACCCGGAGGUUCUGUCCGCGCUCCGAUCCCGCCUGGCGCUGACCCGCUCCGAGGGCGCCGCCCAGAAGCUCCGCUACGAGGAAGAGGAGCAGGGCCAGGCGCAGGAGGAGGGAGUGAUGAAGAGGAGGGUGCUGCUGGAGGAGGACAACGUGCGCCCUUCGUCCCUGAGGGCCGUGCUGAGGAGAAUGUACAAAGCGGAGUGAUCCAAAAGUAUUCCACUGAAUCAAAUAAAGUUUACUGCAUUGUAA